UUUGAAUGUCCUGACUGUGGGAAAGGUUUCAGUCACAAUUCCUACCUAGUUAUACACCAAAGGACUCACACAGUAGAGAAACUUUUCGAAUGUCCUGAUUGUGGGAAAAGUUUCAGUAAGAGGUCCAACCUAGUGAAACACCAGAGGACUCACACAGGAGAGAAAGCCUUUGAAUGUCCUGACUGUGCGAAAGGUUUCAGUCAGAAUUCUCACAUGAAGACACACCAGAGGACUCACACAGGAGAGAAAGCCUUUGAAUGUCCUGACUGUGGGAAAGUUUUCAGUCAGAAUGCUCACCUGAAAAAACACAAGAGGACUCACACAGGAGAGAAACCUUUCGAAUGUCCUGACUGUGGAAAAUGUUUCAGUCACAAGUCCAGCUUGUUGAUACACCAGAGGACUCACAGAGGAGAAAAACCCUUUGAAUGUCCUGACUGUGGGAAAAGUUUCAGUAACAGGUACAACCUGGUGAUUCACCAGAGGACUCACACAGGAGAGAAACCUUUUGAAUGUCCUGACUGUGGGAAAAGUUUCAAUCAUAAUUCCGACCUAGUAAUACACCAGAGGAGUCACACAGGAGAGAAACCUUUCGAAUGUCCUGAAUGUGGGAAAGCUUUCAGCAGCAAUUCCCACCUAGUGAAACAUCAGGCGACUCACACAGGAGAGAAACCCUUUGAAUGUCCUGACUGUGGGAAAGCUUUCAGUCAGAAUUUCUACCUAGUGAUACACCGGAGGACUCACACAGGAGAGAAACCCUUUGAAUGUCCUGACUGUGGGAAAGGUUUCAGUCACGGGUCCAGUCUGGUGACACACCAGAGGACUCACACAGGAGAGAAACCCUUUGAAUGUCCUGACUGUGGGAAAUGUUUCAGUCACAAGUCCACCCUGUUGAGACACCAGAAGACUCACACAGGAGAGAAACCCUUUGAAUGUCCUGACUGUGGGAAAGGUUUCAGUCACAAGUCCAGCUUGUUGAUACACCAGAGGACUCACACAGGAGAAAAACCCUUUGAAUGUCCUGACUGUGGGAAAGGUUUCAGUAAGAGGUCCAACCUGGUGAUGCACCAGAGGACUCACACAGGAGAGAAACCUUUUGAAUGUCCUGACUGUGGGAAAUGUUUCAGUCACAAGUCCAACUUGUUGAUACACCAGAGGACUCACACAGGAGAGAAACCCUUUGAA